AUGCAGACAAAUUCGUCCUUGACGACGGUUUUAGUCAUUGGUGGUGGCAUUGCUGGACCUGUUGUUAGUUUAUUUUUGAAAAAGCAUGGAUAUCAUCCAAUUUUAUUUGAAAAAGUUCAACAGCUUGCCGAUGUUGGAGCAUCACUUAAUUGUGCACCAAAUGGUUUGAAAGCGUUCUCUACUCUCAAUUUAUCUGAUGAUCUUAUAAAAUGUGGUGGUCUGAUAGAACUUAUAUCAUGGCGACAGUCAGACGGAACGAUUUUAGCUGAAAAUGACUUUCUUAAACAAGUUUCACAACGUUACGGUUUUCCGUUUGUUGGACUUAAACGUUCCAAAUUACUUGCUUUUCUACAUGCUCAAGUAGAAGGAGCGAACAUUGAAAAACAUAUGGGAAAGAAAUUAAUUAAUAUUGAACAAACGGAUUCCAGUGUGAUAGCAUAUUUUGAAGAUAAAACACAAUUUACUGGUAGUUUUUUAAUUGGAGCAGAUGGAUUACAUUCGACAGUGAGACAACUAUUAUUUGGUAAAGAUACGGUGAAUUAUACAGGAGUAACAGAAAUUAUUGGUGUAUCAACAAGGCCAACAGGACUGUGUUCAGAAAAAGGUGUUCUUCUACAAAUUGCUGGUGUUGGCGGACAUAUUGUAUCCUAUCCAUUUUCAGAAACACAUUGUAUGUAUGCGUGUAGCUUAGAAGAGUCGGCAAAUCCUGAAUCAUGGAAAACAGUUUCUAUAGAAGAAAUGGAAGAAUUUAAAUGUAAAUCAAAAUUUUCACAAUGGACUGAACCUACUGUCAGACAUUUACUUCAGAAUACAGAAAAACUAAUGAAAAUUGGAAUUUAUGAUCGAGAUGAAUUGCCUAUAUGGUAUAAAGAACGUGUGAUUUUAAUUGGAGAUGCAGCACACGGCACAAGUCCACACGUAGGACAGGGAGGCAAUCUAGCAAUGGAAGAUGCAUAUUAUUUGACUAAAAUGUUACCAGCAUCCGGUGAAUCGUAUUCACUUUCAACAUCAACCUUGAAAACAAUUUUUCAACAAUUUACAGACCGUCGUCGUCCGAGAACAACAGAAAUCGUAAAGAGAGCUCGUAAAGAAGGUGAAGAUCGUGUAUUAAAUGACGUGACAGCAUGUAAAGCUCGUGAUGAAGCACGUCGGAAUUUAUUUAGUACACCUGCAAGUAUGGAAAUAGCUGAUCGUUUAUAUAAUAUUGAAUUGUAA